UGAGCGGAGGAGAGGAGGCCGAGUCCAGCUCACGGCACGACUACGAUCAAACCGAGCAACGUUCAAGUUAUAAUUCAUCUUAUUAAAAAAGGCUUCAGGAAAUCAUCAUCUUAUCUGAAGGAGUCUGGGGCGACUACGGCAUUUACACCACAAGGAACCAGCCAGCAUCACUCUCCGUCUUCCAAUGGUGUUUCGCCCGAAGAUCAUUUUAAUACUGUUCAAUCAUUGGAUUUCCUGACUGUGCAGUGACACUUCAGGGUCAGGCCAGGCUUGAUGCAAAAAAUGCUAGCAACUAGAUUUACCAAAUGUCUGUGGACCGCAGGAUUCACCAUUAUCACUUAUGUAGCUUGUCAACAGGGACUUUGGGAAGCACUUCAUGUCACAAGAUACUUUACUCCCACUGGACAACAGAGAGCGAAAUUGGAUGCUCUUUUACUUCAACAAAGAAACCAUAGCAAUGAAAUACAGAAUUUUAUAACUCUUCACGAUGGGAAACUUGAAGACCCUUGGCAUGUUGAACAGAGGAUACGGGCUGCUGCAGUGAGAAGAGAAUGUAUAGGUUGGGAAAAAAACCCUCAAGACUUGCCAUCAAAACUAGAAAACCUCCAUCACCUUCUUGUAGAUGACCACCAUAGAGCCAUAUACUGCUACAUACCAAAGGUUGCCUGCACAAACUGGAAAAGAUUAUGGAUGGUACUGACUGGUUUAACUAUAAUCAAGGAUCCAGUGCUUAUACCUCAUGAUCUCCCUCAUGAAAUCCAUCAUAGGAUGAUGCUGAUUAAACAACCAAUCAGUAUCUCCACUCUCCAAAAAAAGCUACUUACCUACUCCAAAAUUAUAGUUGUAAGAAAUCCUUAUGAACGCCUUAUCUCAGCCUUUAGGGACAAGUUUGAAGGAAAAGGCAGCACACAUUAUAAAAAAAAUUAUGCUUACCACAUAAUGAAAAAUUACCGUAAAAAUAUCAAUACAUCUGAAAUUCCAGUAUCAGGAGAUGGCCUUACUUUUUCUGAAUUUGUAACUUACAUCAUAAACUUAUCAAGAAGUAAUUACGACGAGCACUGGAAAUCUUAUGCCGACAGCUGCUAUCCAUGUGGUAUUCACUAUGAUGUCAUUGCAAAAUAUGAGACAAUGGCAGAAGAUUCAAAGAGGUUUCUUAACCUUAUAAAGGCUCCAUCCAAUCUCCACUUUCCAAAAUAUGCACCAACCAAUACUUCCAAACUUAUAAGUUCCUAUAUGGCCAAACUGUCCACCCAUCAAAGAAAGGCUCUUUAUUCUGUUUAUGAAAAAGAUUUUAAAAUGUUUCAAUACAAUGAAAUUAGAACUUAAAUGAUGGAAAAAAUAAACAGCAAUAUACAUAUCAAAAUAUUUAAUGGAAACAGUAAACAAGCAAUUACAAUAUUUGCAAAUGACUUAUAAAACACUAGAGAGCCUAAACAAAAUAAAAUAAAAUCUUUAGUCUCCUAUGUAAAACCUGAUCAUCAUAUGCUAUGGACCACCUAUAAUUUCCUAAAUUUUAUAGUAUUCAUAAAUACUAUUGCUACACUUACUGCACACUUAUAUUACAAAGAAAUAUAAAUAGACAUUUAAUAGACUACAAUGAAAGCUAUCUACGUCCCCUUCCACCUCCCCGUCCUCGGCUGCCUCUUCCACCUCCUCUCCCACCUCUAGGACCUCCUCUACCACGUCCCCCUCUUCCUCUCCCUCUACCACGCCCACUUUCCUGAGAAGCUCUAUGCUUUUCAACGAGAGGAGUGAGAGUGCAGCUGCAGAAAAUACAUCCAGUUGCAGUCAACUGUCCAUCCUUGAGCUUGCUUUUGCCCUAAAAAUAAAAUUUGCACUAGCAUUAAAAUGGUGAGGGAAAUAUUUCUAUAAAACAUAUUGUCUAGUAUUUCAUCAAAAGUUGUUACUAAUAACUUACUGAUAGUGAGAAAAAACAAGACAUUUUAUUAAACAGAUUAUUGAUAAACUAAGUAGAAGAAAAACCUCUAACUAAAUAAUAUGAAGUACAUAAUUAAGAGAUGAUUAUGUGAACCUAAUUUUUCAUUACCUCUCUGUAUUCCACAGUAACACACUGUGAUCCACAGUCGUCACAAACAUCUUCCAGCACCUGCACUCUACUGGCUUUAUCAAAUAAGUUGAUAAUAACAUCACACCUGGUAAAACAACAACAAAAAAAUUCAAUGCAAGUGAGUGUAGACAAUAAAAUGGCUACUUCACAUUCUACAAAGAUAAAUGUUCUUUUGAGUCAAUACAUAGGGAUUCCUGUAAGGGUAGUGGAUUAUACCAAAAUCCAUCAAACCUUUGAAAAAUACAUCUCAAAACUUUCAAAACACCUUUUUUUUUUCUUUACAACAAUAACAGCAUCAAAGCAACUAACUGCAGUAUUCAAGUGUUAGGGCUUUAAUGUUUCUUCAUAAAUGACAAAUGCACACACACAACCACACUGGUCUUCAUGUAAUGAAUAAUACAGGUCUUUUUUUCAGCUAAGAGCAUGGCAUAGGUGACCACAUUUCUAGUAGCUUUUCCUCAUCACUGGUGACAGUGAUUUUAUACAUAUCGUGCCUUCCAAAAAGAUACUGAAAAAUCUAAAACAAAGUCUCCAUAUCAGAACUUACCACCAGCCACUACCUGGUGAUCAUCUGUAGACCUCUGAACACUGACAAUGACAAGUAUGUUGCCAAUAUCACAGCUUAUCUAAUGUUUUGAAAUCUUUCUGAUAAAUUUUUUUAUAGGCCUAGUAUAUCAAACAACUUCAAUAUGCUAAUUUUUAUGUAACUUUAAGGUUAAUUUCAUCAGAAGUGAAGCAAAUUUUGUUAUAAGCCUUUUGGGUAUUAAAUAACAUUACCUAUAAAAAGAGAUUAUUCUGUUCCAGUGUCAUGAGGAAAACUACUAAAAAAAGACUCUUAACUGUUACAAGUACUAGAAAGUUUUGACAGUUACGAGUACUAGCAAGGAACAUAACCAAUCUUGUGUAACACAAAAUAAAUUAGCAACAUCUAAUAAUAAGUUUUAAUGUAAAAUUAUCAUCAAUAAAUAAUUCAACCAGA